UCGCCAUUUUGCCGGCUGCUGAGUUGCACGAUCUAACAAAAUGUUGGGAAGAUUGAUCAAGCCGAGAUAUCUUGAACUUGCAAACAGCUGGAAAGCUGUUGGUUUGACAUGGUUCGGAGCAGGUGCUAUCAGUCUGGUAUGGCUCUGUGAUUGGCAAGCGGUAAUGGGAUAUGUACCAUACGUAAAAGAUAAAUACAUCAAAGAGGAAGGAGAAGAAUCGUAAUCGUGAAUAUUCUUCUAAAAUUGUCUGUAGGAUAGUGAAUAUUGUAUGUUUCCAGUAUCUUGAUGUCUGCUCCAUUGCAUACUGCUUAUUCUGUUAAGAAUCUCCAUCACCCCAGGACAUCCCGAUUCUACAAAUAUUAUUAAUAUAGUCUGUUUGUUUGUUUGUUUUGAAAUGUUUUUAAAAAUGUUUAAUACAUUUUGUUGAAAUAAAAAGUCCUUGUAACUGUAUUCUUUUGGUUCUCUGUAUCUCUAAUGCAAAUAAGUGAGAUUUGUACUUUUGUGCAUUGCAUCAUGGGAAAAUGCUGACACACAUUUGUAUCAAAUAAAGAGUAAACACAA